AUGGUCUUUGUUGUUGUUGGUUGGCUCAUGGGGGAGAUGCUGGAUGUUGAGAGGUCUGGCCUUGCUGGUAGAAGGGUGUGGAGUGGUGCCAUUGAUGGCAAACGUGAUCAUAGCAGCACCGUAAGUCUGUUCUUCAACUACAAGAAGAUAUUCUCCAUUGUUCUUCUUGCACUGGUAGAUGCUGAGUACCGCUUCAAAUUUGUCCAGGUGGGGGACUUCGGAAGAGCAAGCGAUGGUGGAGUGUACUCUAGCUCUGCGCUCAGAAGAGGUAUGGAGGCCAAAACUUUGGAUGUGCCUGCAGACAGCCCUUUACCAGGGUCGGGUGUACAGGGUCCCAUGUCAUACACCAUGGGUCCGGCCCGCGGGGGUCCCGCCGGUCCCGUCCGGCUGCCCAGCCGGGUUCCCUACAGCUGUGAGCCCCCAGAGCCGCCUCGAGCCCCGGAGAGGCCCCCAGAGCCGCCUCGAGCCCACGGAGCGAGGCCCCCAGAGCCGCCUCGAGCCCCGGAGAGGCCCCCAGAGCCGCCUCGAGCCCCGGAGAGGCCCCCAGAGCCGCCUCGAGCCCCGGAGAGGCCCCCAGCCGCCUCAGCCCGGAGGCCCCAGACCGCCUCCAGCCCCGGAGGCCUCGCCUGCUCUGACCCUUCCGUGGAGGCCGCCUGCUACACUCAAUCCCCCCCUGGUUUCCUGAGUCCCUGUGUCGCCCGAGUGCGAGCCCUGAAUUUCCCUGUGUCGCCCGGAGUGCGAGCCCUGAAUUUCCCCGUGUCGCCCGGAGUGCGGGCCCUGAAUUUCCCCGUAUGCCAUCGGGGUGGUGGGAGCUUCAACCACCCAGUGCCCGGGGCGGGCGGUCGCGGAGGCGCCGUGGUCGGGCUGCCUCCCGGUCGGCCAGACCUCCAGCUGAUCAGCCGGCGGAUCCUGACCCUUUUGAGGGGUCUCGGCUUGCAAUCUUCCCAGGGUCCGGCCCGCGGGGGUCCCGCCGGUCCCGUCCGGCUGCCCAGCCGGGUUCCCUACAGCUGUGCCGUCCAGAGCUCCGGAGAGGCCUCCAGAGCCGUCCAGAGCCCCGGAGAGGACAACGGUCCCAUGUGUUGUCCCGCUGGGGCCGCCGCAGACUGCUCUGGCCGCCCCGCAGGCUAA